AUGUCCACAACACCUGAUUUACCAAAAGAGAGAGUCAUUACUCAAGAAGAAUUCGAUAAUGCCGUCAAAUUGGGCGGCAAGUUUGCCCCAGUGUUCAAGGUCGAUGAGAAGACAGUGGUGAAAACUAGCGACAUGACCCAGCUGGGUGAAGCGGCUGCUAUGAAGAUGGUCCGUGAAAAGACGACUAUUCCUGUGCCGGAGGAUCAAAACGUAUAUACCGAUCCCACGACAGGCGACGUGCCAAUCGUCAUGGACUUCAUCGAGGGCGAUUGCCUUUUAGAUGUCUGGGACACAUACGAUAACGACCAAAAACAGCAGAUCAUCGAACAACUGCACAGCUACUUCGCACAGCUCCGGGAACUGAAAGGGUCAUUUAUCGGAUCCGUCGAUGGAAAGUUCUGCUUCGAUCAAGUCUUUGACCAAGACAUCGGUGGGCAUGGGCCUUACGAGGACGAAGCAUCGUUCAAUGAAGGUCUCGUCAAAGCGCUCAAGAACACCAUGAUCAGCGGUUGGGGCGACACGGUUUGCGAUAUGGUCCUCGCGAUGAAAGAUCACGAGAUAGUGUUUACGCACGGAGAUAUAUCGCCAAGAAACAUACUGGUAAAGGACUGCAAUAUUGUUUCUGUACUGGAUUGGGAGUAUUCAGGUUACUAUCCCGAGUACUGGGAGUAUGCGAAAGCUUUCUUCAGGCCGGCGUGGGAAAAGAGCUGGAUCAAAGACCGGGCGGUGAACAAGAUACUCAAGCCAUAUCCCUUGGAGAAUGCCAUAUGCCAGCAUGUAUUCAGUUUUGGGGCUUGGUAA